AUGUUAAAAGCCGUCCCUUCCAGUAUCAUACAACAAACGACCAUCAGGAACUCUCUUAGACUGCUCUUCAACCUACAAACUGGAUUCAAUGCACCAAAUUUGUCAAAAACUUUUUUACACAAUUUUAGGUCUCAUGGACAUUAUAAUGAUAAUACAGCUUCCAGUAUCCCAAACAUUAUUAAAAAGUCGCGUUUUCAUCCGGCAAUAAUCACUAAAGAAUGUUGUCAGAAAGUACGACUACGCCCAAUUUUUCCUCCCUUCUUCCGUCAAUAUUCCACCCCAUCAACUCAUUCAGCAACCAACAACACUGCUACGUCCUCCCAAACUCAUCUCUCAAUGGCUGAUCGCCUCAAACAACUAACUCGUCAGUAUGGUCUUGGCGCAGUUUUCGUCUAUGUUGCUAUUUCGACCAUCGAUCUUGGCAUAACGUUUGUUGCAGUACGCACAGCGGGAACAGAAAGAGUUAAAAAAGCUGAAGACUGGAUGAUGGAGAAUUUUGGUGGGUGGAUUACGAUAUGGAGAAAUAGAAAUACAGAUGAAAAGAAUGCGAAUGAAGACACAUCGGGAACCGAGACGAGAGAGUUGGAAAAAAUGAGAGAGGCGGAGAGAGAAGGAAAGCCACCGUCAUGGGCCAGUAUAUUUGUUAUCGCGUAUGGAAUCCAUAAAGUAUUGGUGCCUCUAAGGUUGGGAUUGACUGCUGCAGUGACGCCGCCGUUGGUAAAGAGGUUGAGGAAGAUGGGAUGGAACAUUGGAAGAAAACUUGAUAGACGAUGA